AAAGCCGUUCAUUCAUAAAAAUCAAAAUGAUUAACGUCCAUGAACAGCUGAGGGUAUUUCCUUAAGUUUAGGCAUGUAUAUAUACUCGUUAAAAUAAGUCAUAGGCCUAUCUCACCUUUUUCGCAAACAAACUGAAUAUUGUUCUUUCUUGCUCUCUUUCUCACUCACUCUUCAUCUAAACCAACCUUCGCCAUGAGAGGUAUUUUUAUAGCAUUAGCAUUGACAGCACUAUUUGAGAUUCAAAUAUGCCCAUCGCAUUCACAGAUACACAGAGCAGAUUUUCCAAAUGGCUUUAUAUUUGGCACCGCCACUUCAGCUUUUCAGCACGAAGGAGCAGUGAAGGAGGACGGAAGGGGACCAUCUGUGUGGGAUACAUUUUCACAUACUUUUGGCAAGGUAGUAGAUCUUAGCAAUGCUGAUGUUGCCGCGGAUCAAUACCACCGAUAUGAAGAAGACAUACAACUCAUGAAGGACUUGGGGAUGGAUGCCUAUAGAUUUUCCAUUUCUUGGACUCGGAUUUUUCCCUAUGGAACUGGGAAAAUCAAUGAAGCAGGAGUUGAUCACUAUAAUAAGCUCAUCAACACAUUACUAGCCAAAGGAAUUGAACCGUAUGUGACCAUGUAUCAUUGGGACCUACCUCAAGCCUUGGAAGACAAGUAUAAAGGAUGGCUCAGCACUGAGAUCAUAAAGGACUUUGCAAAUUAUGCUGAGACAUGCUUUCAGAAAUUUGGGGACAGGGUGAAGCAGUGGAUCACAUUUAAUGAGCCACAUACAUUUGCUACACAAGGAUAUGAUGUUGGUCUACUAGCACCUGGACGCUGCUCCAUUCCUCUUCGCCCGAUUUGCAGGGCAGGGAACUCUGCUACUGAACCUUACAUUGUUGCUCACAAUGUCCUUCGUUCUCAUGCAGCAGUAGCAGAUAUUUAUAGGAAAAAAUAUAAGAAUACACAGGGUGGGUCCUUAGGGAUAGCUUUUGAUGUGAUUUGGUUUGAGCCAGCAACAAAAAAACAAGAAGACAUUGAGGCAGCUCAGAGAGCUCAAGAUUUUCAGCUAGGCUGGUUUCUUGAUCCAUUGACGUUUGGAGACUAUCCAAGUUCUAUGAGAAGCAGAGUAGGGAACAGGCUACCAAAAUUUUCUCCAUCUGAGUCUGCUUCUCUUAAGGGUUCAUUAGAUUUUGUGGGAAUCAAUCAUUACACCACAUAUUAUGCAAGACACAAUUCUACUAAUUUAAUUGCAACCCUGCUCAAUGAUUCCUCUGCAGACUCUGGUGCUGUUACCCUUCCAUUCAAUGGUAUUAAAAUUAUUGGAGAAAGGGCAAAUUCUAUAUGGUUGUAUAUUUAUCCACAAGGCAUGAGAAGCUUAAUGAACUACAUCAAACAAAAGUAUGGGAACCCUCCUGUGUUUAUCACCGAAAAUGGAAUGGAUGAUCCAAAUUUUCCAUUUAUCUCCAUUAAGGAUGCUCUGAAAGAUGAGAAACGGAUUAGAUACUACAGUGGCUACUUAUCUUCCUUACUGGCUUCUAUCAAAGAUGGUUGCAAUGUGAAAGGAUACUUUGCAUGGUCACUACUAGAUAACUGGGAGUGGGCUGCUGGAUACACUUGUAGAUUUGGUCUGUAUUUUGUUGAUUACAAAGACAACCAGAAGAGAUACCCCAAACAAUCUGUAGAAUGGUUCAAGAAUUUCUUGAAACCAACAAAAUAGUUGUUACAGAGGAGAAGCCUGAAUGGCUACAACAUUAUGUUUAAUCAAGUUUAUAUUGUUUUAGAUAAAUUUCUACAUUCUUGAACAUUCUCUUGUUAAUUAUAGAAUAGCAUUAGAUUUUUGCAACUUGUAUGCUAUCAUUAGUUUAAGGGAUUUAGCCAACUAGAAUAAAUUGUUACAGAUGAAAUACACACAAAAUUAAACU